AUUUUCGUUGUCAUUUUGUCACGCUCCACAUUCCAAUGGUAGGAUACCAACUAGGUAUCAUCGCAACCCACAUGGGAAAGAAUCUUACCCAAAUGUUACGGACAAGGCAAGGGUCAUGUCCUCAUGUCCACCAGACCCGACCUAAGACGGCGACAACAAGAAGGCACAUUCCGAGCCUUCCGACAGUUGCUUGCCUUUUUAUAUUACCAUAGUAUAGUUACUAGCGUUAUGUACCUAGCAGUCUGGGUCCUAACUGUGUACAUUGUCGCAGAUGCUGUAUGCUUACUAGCUAGGCAUCUCCCCUUACCCUCCUUCUUUCCCUACGGCCGGUUCGGGAAACCAUUUUUAUUUAUAUAUGCCAAGGAAUGUAGUCAAGAUGCCGAACUCAAGCCUGCCUAGUAUUAUAAAUAUUAUAUUAAUCUCUGCUUACCGAUUUACUUAAUGUUUCGCUUUUCCCUAUGUUUUUACUCCUUGGGGGUCACUCAAAGCUGUAGCUAGGUCUUGGAACCUUCUGGCGUUGCUAGCAUCUUCAGCCAUCAUCGCUACUGUUAUCACCGUGUAGUUUUCGUCGAAUAGUAUCAGUACCUAAUAACAAGAAUGUCAUCAUCGAAGCCUCAGACGAAACCUCUAACGCUCGAAGGCUUGGUCCGGUGGGCCCGCCUCAAGAAGUAUCGCAUCGAGGUUACCUAUGGCGUUUACGUUUAUACACCGGUAGAAAAGGCCAUCUUCUGGACCAUUUUCUGCUUCCUGUUUGGCGUUAUCUCCUUCGCCGCCCUUUUGUACACCAAACGGAACGUCUCCUUGCUCCUUAAGUAUGCGUACAUCUACGUCAACGGCAGCAGUGGCGCUACUAGCGCCGUCUCCAACCUACUCCCGAGGAGACACACCGCGUUAUCUCUCUCGGGAAAUGGCAUAAAGUCGCUUGCCGAAACGAUGGGCGGCGCCACCAACUCCCAGGUUCCGUGAUCAUGCAAAUGUACAUUUCCGGCAUGGGUCAUUUAUCCAAUCGGAGGUGUGGGAGGAGGCGAGAGCUACGACGCUCGUUCAGGAAGAGGCGGACUUUUGGAAAAAGCAAAUACUGGUGAAUCUUGAUGCGAAGCUACCGAUUCCACCGCAUAUCUCGCAGUUCGCUACUGCGUAGGGCGAGACCGGUGAUGUUCCAGCUUGGAGGUCUGUAGGAACACCAAAGACCGAAUGCUUCCCCAACACGGAACGAGAUUUCAGAGUUGUUUUAAUGGCUGAACGAAUCCUUCAAAUCACCAAGAAAAUAAAAAUAAAUCAUCGGUUAAGGGAUAGGAAAUCAAGAAAAAAAUAAUUUUGGGAUAGGGGUCGCCCCUGAAGGAGGUGGAAGCUUGGCGUACUCGAAUCACUCUAGGAGUUGGUCACAACGCAUAUAACGGAUUAAACGACUUAUAUGAUGCUUGAUCGAGGUGUUCACGGUGUUGAAAGGCCUAAAGCCUUGGUUUUUCUUAUGAGCGAGGAGUUCUAUACCUUUUUGGUGGCAGCCUUAAGAUCCAUCAGAUCCCAAGGUUCGCUUUUUGCAUAGGAGGCGCGAAUCUUGGAUAUACCCUCGCUUAAAGGCGUCUGGAAGUUUGGGGCUGAUUAACCCUGGAUACUACCUACUUGCUGACAUUCCAAUAUCAAUUUUUUACAUCCUAGGA